GAGUUCCCAACUUUUAGGCUUUUCUUUCACGCUAGCCAUGGUGGCUAGAGGCCUCUCGGUGCCUCUUCCUCCCUCCUUGCGACCUCGUCAGUCCUCCCUCUUGCGAUACAUCCUUCGUCUAUCCCCGUGCAAUCUCCCGGCCAAUCCAAAACUUUCUGCCAUUUCGAGAAUCUCCACCAUGUCCAACCUCUCCGCAGUCCCACCGAGCAGACCGCCCAAUGCAAUCGCCAGAAACCCUCGCCGGUCUAGAAUCCUCAACCAGGCCGCAUGCGCAGCUCAUUUGAAUCUCGUAUCCGGCUCCGGCAAUGCGUUGCAUGGUGAAUUGUGGAAACGAGGGUCAUCGUGUCUCGGCGAGCGCGGACGGCCAUGUCGGAAUCACGCGAGAUUCCCUUCGUGCUCGCCGCCUCACAGCGGUUCCCUUCUCGCCGCAAGUCGCCACUCGUGCCACGUGGAUCGUAGAGCUUCAGUCGGCACUGUAGCGCGGAAAGCGGGUGCUUACCCUCGUUCCAGGAAAGCUGCUCCCUCCUCGUCUCCAUGUCCCCUUACUAGUAGUCCUUCUCAUUCUUCUCAUUCUUCCCAUUCCUCUCUCCGUUCGUUUUGCUCCCUGAACUCCGCAUCCGCGUCCGCGUCGUUCUCUUCCUCCUCCGCCGUUAGGGUUAGGCGAGUAGCGCGAAUCGGCAGCGUGGUAGUCGUUCAGGCUGGCAGCGACGCCGUGGAUGCCGUUGCUGACGUGGAUGCCAUUCGGGCGGACACGUCAGCAGAAAAGGAGGGAACCCCACCUGAAGCAGCUGCUGACGAGGCUCUGGACGCGAAGGAAAAGGCGUUGGGACGAGCGAAAUCCAGCGUGGAGAAAAGGAUACACGUGGAGCAGAAUAUAGUGAGGCAGCAAGAGAUGAGGGUCGAGCAAGAGACGGCGGAGGUGAUGGCGGAGGGAGAGAUGAGCGCGAAGGAGAGCUGGCAGGGGGAUAACGGCCGGCUGUUGCUGAUCGACGGCCAUCCUGUCGUGUACCGGGCGUACCACCAAGUAGCAGCGCGGUUACACCACAGCGGGUACAACACUUUCGCACACGACGAGGACGUCAUGGGCACGCUCUUCAAGUCCUUUGAGCAGAUUGUCAACCUGCUGGCCAUGCUCCCAACCCACGUUGCCCUAGUGUUUGAUCACGGGGACCCUACGUUCCGCCACGAGUCCUUCCAGGGCUACAAGAGCACGCGCCAGCCGCGCCCCGAUGCUGUGAGCCGCGCCAUGGAGCUCAUGCAGGCUGCUCUGCGCGCCCUGGAGCUGCCAUCCUUUGCUAUAUCCGGAGUGGAGGCCGACGAUGUGAUUGCAACCCUUGCUACAGAAGCACGUGAUUACGGCAUGAAGGUGCGCAUAGCAUCGCCCGACAAGGACUUCUUCCAGCUGCUCUCCCCUAACGUUAAAAUGCUGCGCCCCACAGUGCGCUCCAAACACGGCAGUCCGCGCAACAACACCUCACACUUCUACACGUACACAGAGGAGGACUUCCGGAGGGACUGGGGCGACGUGCCUCCGCCUCUCUUUGCUGACGUGCUGGCCCUCAUGGGUGACGUCAGCGACAACAUCCCAGGGGCGCGUGGCAUUGGCCGCAAGAAUGCACCCAAGCUCGUCCGGAAAUACGGUACUGUGGAGCAGAUUUUGGCACAGCCAGAGAAGAUACUGGACAAGAGGGGUCGAGAGGCAGUGAUAGCCAGCAGAGAUUCCAUUAUUCAAUCCAAGGAGCUGGUGUCACUGCGCAUGAAUGUGCCACAUGGCAAGACAUGGGACAACCUGCGCUUUCACCCACCCGCAGAUGCCGGUGUUGAUUUCUGGAAGUUCAUGCACACGCUGGAAGAGGAUUCCAUUCAAAUGAAGUCAGACAUAAGGAAAAAGCUAGAGGCAGUGUGGUCAGAGAUCAGAAAAAGUUGACACUUAAACCUUGUGAUUUACACCUAGUAUGAAGUUGCAUAAUUCUUUCAUUUAGCCUUGUGUAAUGUAACGAGUCA